AUGGGAGCUAACCCGCCAUUACCUGUCUUUGAAGGUUUUAUUAACCAGAUUUGGGGGAAACUUGGGAUCGAACGAGUUGCAAGGAUGAAUUCAGGAUUUAUGAUGGUCAAAUUCAUAGAUGAGGCUACUCGUGACUUGGUCCUAGAAUUAGGGGUAGUUCAUUUUGAUCAGAAGCCUGUUAUCUUAAGGCCUUGGACUGUUGAUAUUGAUUCUCUGAAAUCGAUUAAAUCAGUGCAAGUUUGGAUUCGUCUUCCAGAUCUUGGGUUACAGUACUGGGGCACAAACUAUUUAAGUGCUUUGGUUAGCACUAUUGGGAAACCAAUAAUGAUAGAUAAGAUCACAAAAGACAGGUCGAUUAUUAAAUUUCCUCGGAUAUUAGUUGAUAUGGAAAUAUCAGACUCUCUUCCUAAGUUCAUUAGCUAUAUCAAUGAGAGAGGUCAAGUAAUGGACCAAGUGAUUGACUAUGAAUGGAUGCAUACAAAAUUCUCUCAGUGUAAGAAGUUAGGACAUACAGUCUCAACUUGCAAAUUUGUAGAAGGAUUGGUUUGGAGGAAAAAGGAGAUUCCAACUAAUCAGGCGGAUGGUGGUAAUGCUCAUGGAGAUACUAGCACUCACCAGAAACAAGGUCAGGAUAACUCACCCCAGUCCUCAUCAAAAAAGGAGUCGAUAUCCCAACAUGAGGAACUUCCUAAGGAUCAAGGCUGGACUACUCCGAAAAACCCAGGUACAGUGAAAUCGAAAUCCCCUGUUACAGACCAGAAUAGUACAAAUACAUUCAGUGUUCUUCAAGAACAGAAGAAGUUUCUCAAUGACCCUUCAUUAUUAUUGAACUUGAAUGGACAAUUUCAAUAUAAUGAGUUGGAAUGUUAG